AGCUUCGUAAAUUUCUCAUUUCCGCUUCAUGGGGCGCUGACUCUUUCCGAUCGUGGUUAUUCGAUAGAACAACUUGCCAGAAUGGGAAAACCCAGAGGUCUUCGUACUGCGCGAAAGCACGUCAAUCACAGGCGUGAACAGCGAUGGAACGAUAAGGACUACAAAAAGGCGCAUCUGGGAACCAGGUGGAAGGCUAACCCCUUCGGUGGUGCUUCCCAUGCCAAAGGAAUUGUUCUGGAAAAAGUGGGAGUCGAGGCUAAGCAGCCUAACUCUGCUAUCAGGAAGUGUGUUCGAGUUCAGCUGAUUAAAAACGGCAAAAAGAUCACGGCCUUCGUCCCGAGGGAUGGUUGUCUCAAUAACAUAGAGGAGAACGACGAGGUUCUCGUGGCGGGAUUCGGUAGGAAGGGUCACGCCGUAGGAGAUAUUCCCGGUGUGCGCUUCAAGGUGGUGAAAGUUGCGAACGUCUCCCUUCUCGCUCUUUACAAAGAGAAGAAGGAACGACCAAGAUCUUAAGUUAAUUUGCACAUGCGUAUUUGGACAAAUAUAAAUUGAAAAAAAUCUA